AUGCCUAACCUGCUCCAAGGGCCGAGCUGCCCAGGAGAGUUGCGAAGAGUGCCGGGCCAGCUGGUCUUGGCAAUCCUGGUAAGCUUGGGCACUUAUGCGGGCCUUGCAGCCACAUGUUGGCUCGUAGCAUACUUGUGGUUUGUUGCAGAUCAAGCCCGAUGGGCACUGGCAAUGAAGUGGCUCCUGCCCAUCUUCGUCGCAGUGCCGCUAGGCCUGCUCGUCUCAAUGCGAGCGGCUCCGCAGAUUCAAGGGAAGUUUGAAAUCUCGAUCCCGCGCAAGUGGAAGCAAGUGCCACAUUGCAGGCUGCACUGGGUUGCCGCGCCAGAAGAUGUACUGCCCAAAGGCUGCAAUUCCAACUUGGGCCAGGAAACGAGCCGGCAACGGCUGGAAUACUACUUCGCCCUGAUUAUUCUCGUCACCUUUUCUGCGGGUCUCAUGGGCCUGAUGCUGACACUGGCCGGCCGAGGCGUCAGGGCCAUAUCUCGCUGUUUCAGUGAGUCGAGUGGGCCGAGCCGGUCAGCCAACGUAGCCAUGUACGAUCCACUGACCAGUGCCGAGGAAGCUUCGCAGCAGAAAGGGAGUUUGUUGGCGACCAUAUACGUGUUUAGCUUUCACGCCCUCUGUGCAGCACUGUCGGUUUGGGCGAUGGCCACGGAGCACCUGACUCUGCAAAGCGGCCUUUGUUGGGAGCUAUGGCUGGGUUGGUUCACGGCCAUGCUCGCCAUGGCCUUGAUACAGGGCAUCUACUUUGCAGCGCGUCUUCCAUCAAAUGUCCAAGUUCCCAACAUGGGCGUCUGCAUUGUGACAUCCGUCCUCCCGAUUCUCAGUGAGCCGUUGGAUACCUUCAAGGACUGGCUGUUUGUCGGUCUUGCCUUGUCAACCAGGACCUUGCCGGGAGCCCUGAUGGCUUUGGUGGGUGUUGGCAUCCUCGGCAUCUCGGGCGCCUACAUGCUUCAGUUUCAUUCGGAAGAGCUCGAAGCAGGCCUACUGCCGGUUCGCGCCGCGAAUCUCAGAGCCUGGCUUGGGCGCCCUGAGGAGUCCUUCCUAUCAAAGCAAACCUCCCCGGCCAAGCUGGCCAUUGCGCUCACCGAAGACCUGCCGCAGGCAGCCUUGCAGACUUUCUUCCUCUUCUUGUACGGAGGCUCCAACACUCAAUCAGCGUUCAUCGGGAUCGCUGUCCUCAAAAUCUUGGUGUGUUUCACUCUGAGAGCCACGCUUAUGGAACGAGAAGGCCGCUUUGGGGAUGCUUACGAGGCUCAGCUCCUCUUCUACAGGUUGAAGUGGCAGGUCGGGAGCAUGCUCCUGGGGCCAACUCACCCCGAAACCCUGAUAACUCAGGGCAAUCUGGCGAGUUCGCUGAGCGACCUCGGCCGGCAUGCCGAA